GCCCAAUUCCCCUCCCAAUCCCCUCAUUCUAUUCUCUCUACUCUCUACGACUAGAUUUUUUUUUUAUUAAAAAAAACCCUCGUCCGUCAUUCCUCAUAUGUCAACACCGGUCAUCAAUCGUUGUCGCUGGUCAUCAGGUCAUCGUCACCGGCCAUCAGAUCGUCGUCGUCGGUCAGCAGCUCGUCAUCGCAGAUGUCAAAAACGGAUGAAUUAUAUAUCAUGGAUUCUAUAUUGGAUUUGGGGUAGCAUAAGUGACACAAUCGAUUAUGAAAAAGAUUGGGAAGAAAAUCAACAAAUUGACAAAGAUGAAGUAGUGAAGUUCCAUCUCCUCAAGAAACCCUCUCAUCUUCUCUCGAUAAAAGCCACAAGCAUCACCGAAACUUCCAGAGAAACACCCAUCUCCGAUCAAUUCCAUUCCGGGACUAAGCUCACUCCAAAAGGCCCUCCCGCCACCGCCCCUCCGUUGUUUUCAAGAAACCCUCCUACACCAGCUGAUAGAAAGCACUAG